AUAAAGUUUGCAAGUAUUUUUAUUUUUGUUAUUUCAGCCUUGAUUCCAAACUGAGAUCCUUCUGGGAAUCAUUGAAAUUGAAGAAGAAUAAGUGCAAGUCUGGCAAUAUCCUAAUUACUGGUGGUACUGGAUUUAUUGGAUCACAUCUAAUCAAUGAACUGCUCAAUAAGACUCAGGGUCUCAUAUACUGCAUUGUUCGGAAGAGUCCAACAUGCUCAGCAAUGGAGAGAGUGAUUGAGGCUCGGAAACGUUUUGGAUUGCCUGAAGUCGAUGAAAACCUUCUGGAAAGAAUCAUUGCAAUUGAAGGUGACGUAUCUCUGCUGAAUCUGGGCCUCUCAGAUGAUGCCUACAAUUCCCUUGCACCAGAAAUUGACUUUAUAAUUCAUGCGUCAGCUAAAGUCAAUCUGAUAUUUCCUUUUCACUCGCUCUACAAGGAUAAUGUGAAGGCCACCAAAAAUAUCAUCCAGUUUGCUCUACACAACAAAGUCAAGCCCAUACAUUACAUAAGUACAAAUGCAGUAUUUGCCGACGGUAUGGUGGGUUGCGGUGAGGACAGUGACAUGUUUGCACAUGUGGAUCGUCUUCAAAGUGGUUACGGCCAAACUAAAUGGCUGGCCGAGCAACUUGUGUUGCGCGCUGCUAAAUCUGGAUUGCCAUGUGUUGUUUACAGAUUCGGCAAUCUAUCAGGCAGUACUAAGGUAGCCAGUUGGAAUCCGUCAGAUUUCACUCUGUACAUGAUCCAGGGUGUCAUCAGAACUGGGGCAGUGCCUGACAUCAAAUGGAAGAUUGAAAUGACGCCAAUUGAUUUUGUACAAGAUAUGUUUGUGGAGUUGUUUUUGGAUCUGAAUAACUCAAUGGGGAAAAUCUACCAUUUUGUGAAUGAGGACCAUCUUCCAUGCGAGGAAUUGUGGAAACUAAUGGAAAAAAGAGGCUACAAUUUGAAAUCACUGCCUUACAACGACUGGGAGUUGUGA